AUGAAAUUAGCGCGAAUUAUUUCAACGAUAAAAGCAACUUUGACACGUUUAAUAUUCGGCGCACAUAGUGCUAUUGCCAUUUGGCAAGUGGUCUAUACCACAGAUGAAAUUAUUUAUUGGUCCUUGGGUGCUCCGCUAUUGUUAUUAUUAACGGAGGGAAUUUUUACAAUCUUUGUUAAAAAAACCCAAGAGUGGAGAUGGUUUUGCCCUUCAGUUUUUUUGUACCUGGCUAGCAUAGUGCCAGCAAUAUGGUUACUUGAACUCAAUAAAGUUCAAAGACGUUUAGAAGAUAAAAGGAAUCCCAAUAAUGCAACCAUAACCGCCGCCUUAGAUAAACGGAAUGCUGAUACUAACAAUGCAACAAUAAUUCCUGCUGUACGUGCGACAGGAAUAAACGAAAGCACAUGGAUAACAGUAAUUGAACAAUUUUUAAUGCUAAUACUAAUUGUGGGCCGCUGGAUGUUACCUAAGGGUGACUUAACAAGAGAUCAAUUAAGUCAAUUGCUUCUUGUGUACAUUGGCACAGCUGCUGAUAUUAUAGAGUUCUUUGAUUCGUAUAAAGAUGAUACUAUAGCUCAAAUUAAAUUGUUAGUGUACUUGACAUUGGGCAUUUGGUCUUGGAGUUUAUUACAAUUUACUAUUGUUCUAUCUGCUACCAGAUCAAGAAGACCACGUGGCGGUAGCUCACACCACAGAUCUAAUCAGACCGAUUGCUGUUGCGGAAUCGAUGUGUGGGGUAUUGUGCUUAAUGUCAUCUUACAAGAUGCACCGUUUCUAACAUUUCGUCUACUGAUCAUAUAUGAAUUUGACAUUAUAAGUUAUAUGAACGUAUUUUUUACUUGUAAAAACUCUUUGGUCAUUCUACUGCAAUUGUACCGCUUAUAUGUGGUAAACGCGGAAUAUUGGGAAAAACGCCGCGAGCAAAAGGCCGCUAACAAAGCUAGACAAUAUAAAUCAAGGCGUCGCUUGGACGAUGAGUUCAAUGGUAUUUAUAUGAUCUCUAAUGAGCGUGGUACCGAAAUUAAGCGUAAAAUCAAAAGAGUUAGAGAAAAUUCAGACGAAGAAAUCGUUUCUAAGAAAAAACCGAAGAAAGAUAGCAAACCUUCAAAAAAGCAUAAGCGUAAAGACACCGGCUAUUCCACUGCAAGUUCACAGAAUUUAUACGCUACCAAGGCUAGUAAGAGUGGCAAGAGUAAUAAACGGAAGGAGAUGAAACCGAGUAAAAAAAGUAAAAGAGCGCGUAGCCGAUCGCCAUUUGAUAAUGAUAUUGAAAUACGUAAAUCAAGGCAUGGAAAAAAAUCAGAUAAGUUGGAGAAGAAGAAAUUGAAAAAGAUUGAAGCUGUGAUUGAGGAGCCUAGCAGUUCGUCUAGCAACUCCGACUCCAGUAAUUCAACAUUACCUAGCUAUGAGGUAAUAAAUGAAAAGAAUUCGAAAACAAAACGUCAUAAACGCAGUUCCACCUCGUCUUCAACAUCGUCCGAUACCUCGUCGUCGGAAUCAUCUUAA